GCAGACCAAACUCCUGCAGCUGCUGACCACCAAGUCCGACCAGAUGGAGCCCUCGCCUUUGGCCAGCUCUUUGUCGGACACAAAUAAAGACUCCACGGGUAGCUUGCCUGGUUCUGGGUCCACGCAUGGAACCUUGCUCAAGGAGAAGCAUAAAAUUUUGCACAGACUCUUGCAGGACAGCAGUUCCCCUGUGGACUUGGCCAAGUUGACAGCAGAAGCCACAGGCAAAGACCUGAGCCAGGAGUCCAGCAGCACAGCUCCUGGGUCAGAAGUGACUAUUAAACAAGAGCCAGUGAGCCCCAAGAAGAAAGAGAAUGCACUACUUCGCUAUUUGCUAGAUAAAGAUGAUACUAAAGAUAUUGGUUUACCAGAAAUAACACCGAAACUUGAGCGACUGGACAGUAAGACAGAUCCUGCCAGUAGCACAAAGUUAAUAGCUAUGAAAACUGAGAAGGAGGAGAUGAGUUUUGAGCCCAGCGACCAGCCUGGCAGUGAGCUGGACAACUUGGAGGAGAUUUUGGAUGAUUUGCAGAAUAGUCAAUUACCACAGCUUUUCCCAGACACAAGGCCAGGCGCCCCUGCUGGAUCAGUGGACAAGCAAGCCAUCAUCAAUGACCUCAUGCAACUCACAGCUGAAAACAGCCCUGUCCCACCUGUUGGAGCCCAGAAAACAGCACUGCGAAUUUCACAGAGCAGAAUGAUUGGUAGUAAUGCUUCUCGGCCCACCAUGCCAUCUGGGGAAUGGGCUCCACAGAAUUCAGCUAUAAGAGUCACCUGUGCUGCUACCACCAGUGCCAUGAACAGGCCGAUCCAAGGAGGCAUGAUUCGGAACCCAACGGCCAGCAUCCCCAUGAGACCCAACAGCCAGCCCGGCCAAAGACAGAUGCUCCAGUCUCAGGCCAUGAAUAUAGGGCCAUCUGAAUUAGAGAUGAACAUGGGGGGACCUCAAUAUAGCCAACAACAAGCUCCUCCGAAUCAGACUGCCCCGUGGCCGGAAAGCAUCCUGCCUAUAGACCAGGCAUCUUUUGCCAGCCAGAACAGGCAGCCAUUUGGCAGCUCUCCAGAUGACCUGCUGUGUCCACAUCCUGCAGCCGAGUCUCCAAGUGACGAGGGGGCACUCCUGGACCAGCUCUAUCUGGCCUUGCGGAACUUUGAUGGCCUAGAGGAGAUCGACAGGGCUUUAGGAAUCCCGGAACUGGUGAGCCAGAGCCAAGCGGUGGAUCCAGAGCAGUUCUCAAGUCAGGAUCCCAACAUGAUGCUGGAGCAGAAGGCCCCUGUCUUCCCACAGCAGUACGCAUCUCAGGCACAGAUGGCCCAGGGUAGCUAUACUCCCAUGCAGGAUCCAAACUUCCAUGCCAUGGGGCAGCGGCCUAGCUAUGCCACACUUCGCAUGCAGCCCAGACCUGGCCUCAGGCCCACAGGCCUCGUGCAGAACCAGCCAAAUCAGUUGAGACUUCAGCUUCAGCAUCGCCUUCAAGCACAGCAGAAUCGCCAGCCACUUAUGAAUCAAAUUAGCAACGUUUCAAAUGUGAACUUGACUCUGAGGCCUGGAGUACCAACACAGGCGCCUAUUAAUGCCCAGAUGCUGGCCCAGAGACAGAGGGAGAUCCUGAACCAGCAUCUGCGACAGAGACAGAUGCAUCAGCAACAGCAGGUUCAGCAGCGGACUUUGAUGAUGCGAGGACAAGGGUUGAACAUGACACCAAGCAUGGUGGCUCCCAGUGGUAUACCAGCAACCAUGAACAACCCCCGGAUGCCCCAGGCAAAUGCACAGCAGUUUCCAUUUCCUCCAAACUACGGAAUAAGUCAGCAACCUGACCCAGGCUUUACUGGAGCUACGACUCCCCAGAGUCCUCUCAUGUCGCCCCGAAUGGCACACACCCAGAGUCCCAUGAUGCAGCAGUCUCAGGCCACCCCAGCCUACCAGGCCCCCUCAGACAUGAACGGAUGGGCGCAGGGGAACAUGGGCGGGAACAGCAUGUUUUCUCAGCAGUCCCCACCACACUUCGGGCAGCAAGCAAACACCAGCAUGUACAGUAACAAUAUGAACAUCAAUGUGUCCAUGGCAACCAACGCGGGUGGCAUGAGCAACAUGAACCAGAUGACAGGACAGAUCAGCAUGACCUCAGUGACCUCCGUGCCUACGUCGGGGCUGUCCUCCAUGGGUCCCGAGCAGGUUAAUGACCCUGCUCUGAGGGGAGGCAACCUUUUCCCAAACCAGCUGCCUGGGAUGGAGAUGAUUAAGCAGGAGGGAGACACAUCACGGAAAUACUGCUGACACUGAAGGUUGCUUCUUUCUUCAGCUGACCAGGCUCACUUGCUCAAGACACUACCCAGUCUGGAGAGCUGUGUCUAUUUGUUUUGACCCAAUUGACCUGCCAGCCGGUUCUGCCAGAGCCGAAUCAGCAGACAGGCCUGGGCCUGGCUCCCAGGGUGGAGUCCGCUCAGUGCUGCAGGAGGGGCCGCCUCUUCUCUCGACAGUCUGAAGCUCACAUCCAGACAGCCGCUCAGUCUGUUCACUGCAUUCACCUUAGUGCAACUUAGAUCUCUCCUGCAAAGUAAAUGUCGACAGGCAAAUUUCAUACCCGUGUCAGAUUGAAUGUAUUUAAAUGUAUGUAUUUAAGGAGAACCAUGCUCUUGUUCUGUUCCUGUU